GCAGCAGCAGCAGCAGAAAAGAGGAAGUCGAGGCAGCUCGAGCUCCCAUGUGACGCCUCUCUCAUACGCCCGUGUCAGUCGCUCCACGUGCGGCUGCGUGACGGCAGGUGCCCCGAGCGCCACAGAUCCCUGCAGACGUGUAGGCCCACGCCACUGUGAGAAUGACGGAGCAGCAGUAGCAGCAUGGCCCAGUGGGAUGUUCCUAACAGCCAGGGCAGCAGCAUGGAGCCCACAGAUGCUGGUGUCUCUACUGCGGCGCCAGAGUCAGACAUCUACCGCAGUCUGCAGGCCGUGCUCCGAGAGCUGGACAGCCGCCACUCCAGCGCACGGGUACACAAAGGGAUGCUGAGAUGGACUCUUCACAAAAAGGUUCAGAAAAACCCACAGUACAACCUGAUUCUGGUCAAGGUGGUCAUCAAGGAGCUAGAAAAAGCAGAGAGGCUGGACUGUAAACUGCACAUCAUCCCCCUGCUGCACACCCUGAUCUACGCCAUCAUACAGACCCCGUAUAUUCCUGACGAGCUCUAUAAGAGAGUGUAUGACUUCUGUAAGAGGCUGCUGACACUGCCUCAACCAUACUGCACCGUGGGCCUCACCUACUCCAGACAAAUGAAGAUGGAGCGGGGGACCCCAGGUGUUCUGUACCAAAGAAUGCUGAUUUCAGAACACAGCGUGAAGAAUGAAAGCUAUCCUCUUCAGGAGAAGGUGUUUGUGUUCGCCGACCCGGCCGUGCUGGAGGGCUCCCUGGCCAAGGUGCUGCGGGUGGACAUCGAGUCGGGCCAGGCCUUCCAGAGCCCGCUGGGCCUCAUGCGCGCCGCCGUGCAGCACAGCCUCCAGGCGGCCCUCGGGGUGGACCGGUGCCAGGGCGCCGCGCUGGCCAACGCCCUCCAGGGUCAGUCAUUACAGGACGUGGAGCCGUACUUCCAGGAAGUGCUGUCGGCGAUGGAGCACAGUGCGGAGGCCAGCCGGAGUGAGCACGCCCAGCUGACCGACAGGCUGCAGACGCUCUACGCGGAGAUCCUCAGGGCCUCAGUGGACCAAGCUCCAUUGUCCCACGGAUCUCUGUGUGACGUUCCGCUUCCCAAUCCGGAGAUGAGCUUCCACAUUUGGAGCGAGGAGGAGGAACUCUGGAGGGAGCUGGCCAAGUUCAUCCGCUCCAGCUCCUUCUGCGAGCCCUUCUCCUUCCCCGAGGACUUCAUGGCCGACCUGUCCACGGACCUGGACCCCGAGAUGCCUCGCCACUCCGUCAUGUCCACCGACAGCGGCAUCGAGCGCGACCUGCCCGAGGCCGCCGAGCCGACGGUGGCGCCCUCGUCGGGCCGCCUGUCUCGGCGCGGGGGCAUGAAGGUCAAGCCCUCGGUGACGGACAGCGUGGCGCUGAUGCAGGACGCGCUGGAGGAGACGGGCGCGUGCGUGUGGGGCGCCACGGCCAGCGGGGCGGGCACGCUGCAGAGACGGGCGGGCACCAGCGCCAUGCCCUUCGCCAAGCAGCAGCAGCGCCAGUUCACCGCACGCAUCGUCAUCAUGGGGGACGACAGGGUGCUGGGCAGGAUGGCCAGAGCGUACUACUGGUUCAGGAAAAGGGAAGCAAGACGGCAGUUCCUCACAGCCAAAAUCAACCUGCAGAUGUACUACAUUCCUGUUUCUGACCAGACCAGCUCGCCAGUCAAAGAAAAUGGCUCGUCCGUGACGAGCAACCCUUGCUCUCUGGCCUCCUACUUGGGCAUGGUGGAUCCCUGGUACGAGUGCAACAUAAACAGUCUGGGCCACAUGAUUCCCAAGCUUGCCAAAACGCACUGCAGCCCUGGCAUGACAUGUGAGCCCAACCCCUUCCUCUCUGAUGUCAUCUCCUACUAUGUGCGGACGGGGCUGCAGCCCGUCUACUUCACCAUCUAUUACAUCAAGAUGUCAUUUUCUAACCUCACGAGAGAGCCAGUAGAGGAAGUGUUCCUCUCUCAUCUGGAGCUGGACUUCCCUGAUUUUAAAGCCCUCCAAGCCUCUAUGAAAGACAUGUCCAUGAGGCAGAAGAGGAACUCUCCGGAAGUCUACGGUGCCGCCAUCUCAGUCAACUACAGAAAGGUGUCGCUAAGCAACAGAGAGGUUGACAAAAGCCUGUCACUGAGGGCGUCUGGAGUUCAGAUCUGUGCCAUUCCCCCAAAUGAGACGGAGGAUUUCAACUGUCUUACUGUGAGCUUUACUGACAUGAAACCCAAGGGAAGCCCGGAGCCAAAGAUCAGGACCUGUGACAUUAGAAUCAGGUCUGUGGAAAGAACAACAUUCACUGUUUGCCUGGACAAUGACUCACGCAGGACUUUUAAAGAUGUUCAAAGUAUUGAGAUUUCUCCUUGUCUUGAUCCGGGAUACUGCCUUCAGAAGACAGUGAGGUCUAAGUUUAACGUCACGGACGACAGCGAGGCUGGACUUAGCAAGUACAUAAACAAGCGUCUGUCGCUGCCCAUCAACACAUUUGCUGGAAUCAUUCAUUGACAAAAAGACUUGACAUGAUCACGGGGCAGAGUGGACACUGGACACCUCCGUCGGUCACUUCAUGGAGGAGCUGAAGACACCAGAACUCCUGUAGACGCUGGAAGUGCCAGGCUGGCCACGCCGUUCUGAUGGACUGCCGUUUAAGAGACGACUUCACUUCUCACAUGCAACCGUCGUUGGAGAACACAGACUGACCGUGUGUGAAGAAAGUGUCUUUAUUAUCACAGAAAGCUGAAACACAAGUCAGUUCAUAGUCAUUCAAACAUGGCUGGGUGCUUGGAGUGAUAUGAGGGACUAUGGGGCUGAACCAUACUGUGCUGUAAUGUACUAGUAUAUCAAUGCUGGUACAGCAAUAUUGUAUGAUAACACCUCUCUCUCUCUCAUCCAUUGCUCUAUCCAUAUGACACUAACAUUGAUGAUUCAGUGAUACCUAGCGUACUUAGCAUGUAGUAUGGUUUAUUUCAGGUGCAUAUCAGUCCAUUCCGUCUGGUUAGGUAGGAUUUUGUCAUUUGGUGGUUUGAAGACCUACUCGUUUUCAAAAGAUACUCCACAUAUCUAACAUUUUCUGUUUCAAUUUAGAAAGUAGAUUCCUCAAGUCUAAUUCGGCACAUGUCAGUACACUCUCUGUCAAAUUCGGCAAAUGGCUCAUCAUGGCCCUCUAGCUGUUGGUUUUGUCUUUGCACUUCAAAACACCUCUAGUGUUCAUAGACUGCCCUGCCCUUGUAAGUGGGAAGCAAACAGAGUCAUAAACAUUUCUCGCCAAAUAACCCGUUGCGUUCAUGACCACAUACGGGAAGGGUGAAGUUAGGCUGUUAUUUCACCAGAAACUGUGGACGUGGAAGUCAGUGUGUGAACACACUCUGAGCAAAUGCGUCAGAUUGGACUUGUUCACACGCUCAACCUUUUUUUCCUCCAGUAGAAAAAGAGGACUCAUCAUUUUUGUAAAUUGUUUAUGUGUUUUGCACAUGUUUUUGCACACACUGGUCUUCCGCGAGAGCCUGUCAACAUGCACCGAAUGGGGCUGAUAACAGACCAGCGCAGGCACAGCAGCCAAUGGCAAAGCUUUGUGCUUGUUUGAAGCUGUGACUGCAGACUGUGUGGUUUCCAUGGCCAAGUAUCGCUCCACUUUAUAUAAAUUGUGCAAUAUCCUGUGAGAUCUAUGUAAGAUAAGUGGCAUGUCCAAUUUGAUAAGGGUUUUAAAGCAUCAUGAUCAUGAGUGUAAUUUGUAAAUCAUGAAGUUUUUCCAGAAGUUAACCUUCUUUGAUGUAAGACAUCAUCAUUCAUCAGGAUAUGAAACUGCACAAAAUUGCCUCAGCUGACAAUAACAAGCCUCAGCAGGAAAAAAAAACAUUAAUCCAUGAACUAGUUAAGUUACCCACCAAAUGCUUACUAAUUAUGUUACCACAUGAUCUUUUAAUAUGGAAACAGACUACACACAUGCACACAUACACACUAUGUUUAAACAUGUUUACUGUAGGUCUACAGUUUUUGUAAUUUAUUUGAUCAUUAUUUUGUAAAUGAUGUUGUUUGUACAUAUGUAUAGGCCUACUUUAUGUAAAUAGACAUAUUUUUAACACAACAAUAAAGUAUUAUGUUUGU